AUGGCCUGGAAUGGUGCUGUCUGGGACCUCCACAAGGUGACGAUCUGGGAAGCCAGCUGGGCCUCCAGGUGCGAGGGAUCCGACACACUCAUCCCUUCCUUAUCGCAAUGUGUGUGUGUAAUCUCAAUGGAACAAGCCCAUGGGAACUCUCCUUCGUCUGGGAGGAGCGGUGUCGUCAGGGGCGGAGGACUUGGAAGUGAUCUGAUGCACGAGGACAGAGCGCAAGAUGUCGAUGCCCAUCUCAGCGCCAGAGAGCGCUGA